UGUUUGCUGGAGUCGUGUCGUUACAUACAAAGAGAUAAUUAUACAGUGAGCUGAUCGGGAGGAAUAAAAAAAAGCGCGGCUGACUUGAAAUCAGCAAACAGUUUGCGCUCAGCCACCGAACUACAUUGCUCGGUUAUUACACCUGAUUUGAGCGAGUGUAAUCCUGAAAAUCAGUAAUCAUUCACCUUCGCCACGCGCAUCUCAUCACCUUCCAUAUUCUAUCUCAAGCGCCCAAAACGAAGACGCGGUGCCAUUGAAACAAGUUAUAUCCUUAAUGCUCACGAGCCUCUGCACACCGGUUCAUGGGUGUAUUUAUCUAUACUUUAACGCCUCGUAAUACCGAGUUUAUAAUCUACAAACACAGCAGUACGAGAGCUAAGAUAUACCGACACUACAAUAAGGAGCCACGAUGAGGCGCAUCUUCGCUUUUCACGUGCUGCUGAAUCUUUUGCUUGUAUUCAAUGCCGUGAACUGCCAGUUUGAGGACGACGCACUUGUCGGGCCGGUGGACAAUAAUACCGCACACGAUUAUCCAUCCGAGGGGGUCGAGUCCGAGUACAGGAACAAAGUCGUUGUCGUCCAGAGCAGAGGCCUCUUCUCGGAGGACAGUCAACGGCCGAUACCCACAUUCGUGUCGCCGGUCGAGAAGAUAAUGCUUACUCUCAUAAAGCCUCUCAAGUGGAUCGGUUGGCUAAACGGAGCCAUUGGCACCCACAAAAAUUCGAGCAAGUUUAAUAACCAACUGAUCGGCGAACUUACCAAACCGAUCAAGGUCGCCGGGAAAUCGAUCAGGGGCACUUUUGGGCAGGUACUCAAUCUCAUUGGUAGCAAGUUCAAGGCCAUCUUUCCAGGUACCGAGUGGUGCGGUGCUGGUAACAUAUCAUCGAGCAUAGAUGAGGUGGGCUUGUUCAAAAAAACUGAUUCCUGCUGUAGGGAUCAUGACUUGUGCAAUAUCAAUAUGGCGGCCGGGCAAACUCAACAUGGCCUGUUGAAUACCGGCACUUUUACUAGAUCUCACUGUUCGUGUGACACCAAGUUCUAUCAGUGCUUGAAAAAGGUCCGUUCACUGGUGUCUAAAAACAUCGGUUACACCUACUUCAAUGUUUUGAGACCGCAGUGUUUUAAAGAGGACUAUCCGGCGACGUGCGUUAAAUACGGAAAGAAACGAAUAAAAGACAACAAGUGCUUGGAGUACAAGUACGACAAUGCAAGGAAUAUGACGUGGCAAUGGUUCGAUAACCCAGACUUCUUCUAACAAAUAACGUAAUUUUAAGUAAGUCAUAACCGAUCUCAUGAAAUCACGUGAUUGCAGUUUUUGUAUUUUGUUAUGUAUUCGCCUUAUAUGGAUAAAGAUAUUUUUCCUGCUGUGUUAUAUAGCACAUAUAUACUGUUGUUGUAAUUAAAAUUUAUUACAUUGUUGAAAGAGUUGUUAUUAUUAAAUUGUUGUUUUGCAUUCAUAUUCAUUGUAUGCAAUGUAAUGUAACGAUUAAUAAAUAUUUGAAGAAAAAAAAA